UUUGUACUACAGACAGAUAGGGAGAGGGAGAGAAAGCAGAGAGUGGCAGGGGAGAGACCGAGCUGAAGUGAGCGAGAGGAGAGCAGAAAGUUUGUGUACAAAGACUCCCCCCCACCACCACUUCUAGUAAUGUUUCACCUGAUAGUUUUGGUGAUAAAAGACUGUGGGAGCUGCUUACUUUUGGACUUGAAGAGCUGAGAGAUACAGGAAAGUUAGCAGUGGUUCCGCUUCAGUUUUAGAACUGCAAGCAGUUGGCAGCACAGUUCUCUCUCUCUCUGUGUCUCUCUCUUUAACGGACUGAAAAGGGCUACUAGUUAAAGGGAAAAAAACUGUUUGACAGACUUUCUGAAAAAAUAAAAGCAGUUCAGAGUGGAAGGACUUUCACGCUGGCGUUUUGAGUUUCUUUUUUUAAAUACCGUGCUUUGUUGAGACAAUUUUCUGAGAGGAGACAGGGGCACAGUGGGUUUUUAAGAAGCACUUUUUAUUUUAUUGAUGAGGAUACAGGGCAUGAUCGGGGAACUCAAGGGAAGCUUUUGAAGAGCAGCAGCCAGGAAGAGAUGGGUCUCUUAAGUGUGGACCUGUUGAUCACCCUGCAGAUCCUGCCGGUUUUCUUCUCCAACUGCCUUUUCCUUGCACUGUAUGACUCGGUGGUCCUCUUGAAGCACAUGGUGCUUCUCCUGAGUCGCUCCAAAUCUGCACGUGGUGAGUGGCGAAGAAUGCUGACAUCGGAGGGGCUGCGCUGUGUCUGGAAUAGCUUCCUCCUAGAUGCCUACAAACAGGUGAAAUUGGGUGGAGAAGCUCCCAACUCCAAUGUGAUUCACAUUGCUAAUGACACCGAAGAGAGCAGCACCCGAUGGAAAAGCUCCAAUGGGGCCUAUGGAACCGAGUGCCAUCUUCUAGACUUUGCCGCUUCGGAGCGUCCAUUAGUAGUCAACUUUGGCUCAGCCACCUGACCUCCCUUCACAAACCAGCUGUCGGCCUUCGGCAAGCUGGUGGAAGAGUUCUCCAGUGUGGCUGACUUUCUGUUAGUCUACAUUGAUGAGGCUCACCCAUCAGAUGGCUGGGCUGCUCCUGGUGUCUCGUCCUCCUUCAGUGUAAAGAAACACAGGAACCAAGAAGAUAGGUGUGCAGCUGCUCACCAGCUCCUGCAGCGCUUUUCUUUGCCACCUCAGUGCCAGAUUGUGGCAGACUGCAUGGACAAUAAUGCCAAUGUGGCCUAUGGGGUCUCCUUUGAGCGCGUGUGCAUAGUACAAAGACAAAAAAUUGUUUACCUGGGGGGCAAAGGUCCCUUUUUCUACAAUCUCCAAGAAGUUCGACUUUGGUUGGAGCAGAACUUUAGGAAGAGAUGAACUUCAGACUUACCAGAAGAAGCUAGGCUGAUAAUCCUGCCCCUCUAGAGUGAUGCAGAAGGGAAAGAAACAGCUCCUUGUUUUGAAUGGACUUCUCUUGGCAGAGAAGAAGGUCAAAUGAUAAGGUCAAACAAACACAACAGACAAAAAAAAUCCAUAGUGCAGUAGCGAAUUGAAUUCCCCUUGCCUGCUCAGCAGAGAUUUGGAUAAAAAAUUAACUUUUAAGGCUACUAGAUGGUUGAGAUUAUAUUUCUGUACUUUGAGUAGGUUACCAUUGUGAUUCAUGAAAGAAAGCACAGCUUCCCAAAAACAAAAUCCCACAUCCUCCCCAGUUCGUGUUGGAAGCUCAAACAUCAUCUAACUCCAAGAGGGCAUCUUUUUAAGUACUGGUGUUUAUCCUGCUGAGUUCCAAAUCAGAAAAAAAAAGGAAUUUGAGGCAUACAGUUGUCAUAAAAUAGAACUUUUUGUGACAGAGAGGUACAGUGUUACGGAUUAAGCACAUUCCAGCAUCCACCUCAAAUUGGCUAGUUGGUCAGUUGUCCUCUUCCUCAUUGCAACUAGAAACUUGUGUUCACAACUGGAAAACUGUAUUUGAGGUAUACUCUAGAUACAAUCCUGUAAACCUUUAAAUCGAAAGAAGACUAAUUGGUAUGAGAUAAAUAAAGGGUUCUGAGACUACAGGUUAUAUAGUCACAUUUGAGCCAUUCUGUGGUUUCAGGCUCUAAUGGAGUAUUAAAAUUUUUACAGAAAUCCUCAAGGAAGAAAUGACUCAAGCUGUUUUUGGACCACAGGUCACACCCUGCAAAGUAGAUCCCUGUGGUGGUAGAGGAGCCCAUUGUGUGUUAGACUGAUCCAGGCAACACCUGCUAUCAAACUAUGUGGCUCUGCCCCGGCAAAUGAGUCUUAUGGGUGUUGUCUCAGGGGUAAGACACUCUAAAUCCAUGCUUCUGAACUCGUACGUAAGAGUUAUGGGGAGAUUCCUUUAAAGCCACACAAUAUUAUUCCAGCAUGGAGAUCUUUUCAUGUAAGGAACAACAGAUAUAAACCAAGAUAUAAACAGAUAUAAACCAAGAUAAUCUCAGUAUUGGAAAGGGAAGGGAACCAUUGUGGACGUUGCAGCCUAUAGGGGGAGCAACAGGAAGGGAGAGAAAGGUAGAAUAAAGGCAGGGCAGAGAGGGAAGCAAACAAGAAAGAGUUGGUUGCGGAAGGUCCCAUUUCAGCAAUUUCAGACAUUGGGACAGCUCAGACUUCCCACUAUUGUAUCCUGUGCAAAUAUCUGCAAUCACCCAAGUCCUAGACUAGAGCUGACCAGAGUUAAUGGGAGCUCUGAAUGCAGGGAACUGAAACCAUUUAUUUAUCAGUGUGCUUGCUUUCUUUUCUAGAGAGAACAACCCAAUACAGUUACUGUGUGUUUAGGUUUUUGUUUUGUUUUUUUAAAGAUAAUAAUUUAUUGCAUUUGGAAACAACGAUGCAGAAAGUGUAUUUUUGUGUAAGGGGGAGGGGUGGGGAUUGCACACCACUUUACCUCAUUGGUAUCUAAACUCUGUCCAUUAGUUAAAUGUGGUUUGUGUCCAUUUAUUUCCCCCUUUGCUCCUAGAAGUGCAAUUAGUUUUCAAUCACAUUACUUCGUUGAGGUUAGCUCAGCUUGAAAAAGAUUUCAUUUGCAGGGCUACUGAAUUGCAGUGCCAUGGCAGACCAGAAUAUUGUCCCAUCGUCCAUUGCCUGUGAAACAUUCCUGUUGGUCACAGAAUCACUUCCCUUGUUGUCUGUUAAGAGGGGAUUGCGGAGAAUGAGUUAGGUGACUGGGCUGGAUUUUUACAAGAGUGGGAUAAUGUGAUGUUGUUUUGAAAAAAAUGUUGCUAUUUGGAGCACAAUCCAACCAGGGAAGUUUUCUGCAUAGGGUUGCCAGCUCUAAAUUGGGGAAUACCUGGAGAUUUGGGGGAGUGAAGCCUGGGCAGUCAAGUUUCUGGGAAGAGAUUGAUCUCUAUGGGGUACAAUACCAUAGAGUCCAUCAUCCAAAGCAGUCAUUUUCUCUUGGGGAAUGGAUCUCUAUUAUCUGGAUAUCAGUUGUAAUAGCAGAAGAUCUCCAGGUUCUACCUGGAGGCUGGCAACCAUACAAAUCCUGCAUGAGCUCCACUGAAAAGAACAGGAAGAGCCCAAGAGGACUAAGUUAGAAAACAUCCUGGUGGGUUGUCAAUUUGGUUUUGAAGUAUUCUUUCGUUUUCCAUAACAUAAAGAUUAGGAAGGAAGGCAGAUGGCCUACAUGCCUAUUUUCCUUGAUUGUUUUUCAAAAAUGCAAAACAGCAACAGCCUAAUCAGUGCUGAGCAUUCAGUGAUGCGUAAAAUCUCUCCCCCUCACCCAAAUGAGUUGACAAUGUUGUUUUACUUUUAGUUUCAGCUAAUGAACAAAGGUAUGCUUUAGAAUUUGCUUCUCCACAUUGCAGUAUGCAAACUUGACAGUAAGGUAUGACUGCUAUUUUGCUGAUAUUCACCUCCGUUCCUUCCUUUCCUUCUAUGUACAGAGUGCACAUGGGCCCACAAAUACUGAUAAAGGAUGCUGGAGAAGCUGGGUGCAAAUGAAUUUUUGAAAGCAGGUAGCCAGAGGGUAAUGAGAAGGCAUGUUUUCUUACAACCUGGGAGAUUUUAUACAGAUAUAAGGAAUGGGUGAAGAAAGGAAAGGGGGACAGUGGAAGGGAACUUGGGACCUUUAGCAUGGGGUGAAGAUGAUAUUGCUACAAGAAAUGUAGGGGCAGAUAGCAUGCUGGUCUUUCAUCAUCAUAGCUAGCUGGCACGAGACCUUUUGCUUGGCAAAUGCCUGAAGACAUGUGCUUUAUAGAUACGGUAAUCUCCAAGUGUUUGGAUUUCAUAGCAGUCUUUAAUUCUAACCAGUUUCCUUUUCUAGAUUUUAAACACAUUUGUUCUUGAAUGCUUAUUCUAUUCUUUUAAAACCUACCAAACAGAGAAAUUAUCAAAAUAACAGCAAGCUCCUAACUGUAGAUGCCCCACUGAUUUUGGUGGGGCUUACUUUUAGGUGAGCAUGUUCGGGGUUAAACCUAAUUUACUGAAUCCAGUAUCCUGUUUCAGAUAGCCUUCAGGAUUUGACACUCGGGAAGUUUAAAAAAAACCCUUUGCUGGUUGAUUCCAAGACAGUUUGUUAGUAGCAGAAGGAAUUUUAACCCAAUCAGCAAUUGUCAUGAAAGCUUCAGGAUAUGAUGGAAUAAUAUUACAUUCUUACACCCCAUUUAUUCAUGUGCUAAAUGCUGCCACUGAACAAAAUGCUACUAGUCUUGUUGGAAUCAUACCUUAACUGCCCAAUCCAAAGGCUGCGGUUGCCAGAGAUGCUGCCCCACCACCUCCAGAGGGCUUCUAGGCCGCGUAGGAAAGCAGAAAACCCAGAGAAUCCCAGACUGCCUGAACAGUCCCCAUUGGGGGAAAAGGAUUUAUGCCAUCCUUUAGGGUGGUGUAAGUCACAGGCCUGUGCCUGGGAUGUUCCCAGCCUGAAAGCCCAGUGGAAGCCGACUAAGGUCAUCUUCAUCCCCAAGAAUGCCUCUACCCUGUCCCCAGCUGUGACAGUGUCCACAAUUAUGCCAGCACAGCUCUAGAGCAAGCAUCCUCUUCUCAGUUGGGCACCUCACAGCUCCAGAAUUCCCACCUGCUGCCCUGUUUGCCCCCCCCCCCCCGCUACCAUAGGUGCCACCUAUUUUGGCGGGGUGGGCAAAUGCAUUGGCGCAAGUCCGUGCUGCUUCCUGAUUAUUCUUCACACACACCCAGAUUGGGCUUUCCAUUAUUUCCUUUUAUCUGAGUCAUAGCUCAAUGGUUGAGAACCUAAUUCACAUCAAGGUCCAAGUUAAAGGAUCAGUUAAAGGAUCACAGAUCUGAUGAAAUGAAAGACAAGUUGGAGGAGAGGAAUUGAGCUAGAUGGACCCAAGGGCUGGCUCAGUAUAAGGCAGUUUCGUCUUAUCUGGGAUAACUAGAAUGCUCUUGUUACUUCUUUUUUCAAUCCGCAUGUAAUGCCAGAUGUGAUCAAAGGCAAUCACAAGUCUUGUGGGCACUUGAAAAGGCUAACAGGAGUGUUGUCUUUUAACUGUUAGUGGCCAUUAAAUUCCUGAUAUCCUGUUCACAUUUCCCAAGGAUCAAACACCCCUUGACUUUAGUAAACACAUAUAGCACACGGCCCUCCAGAUGUAAUGGACUACAGUUCCCAUCAUCCCCUGCCAGCAUGAUGCUGGCAGGGGAUGACAGGAACUGUAGUCCAUAACAUCUGGAGGGCCACGAGUUUGACACCCGUGACAUAUAGGAUUGCUGUGUUCGUUGUUUUGCCACAACAAAUCCUUCUAGGUAUGAUCAGCACUUGAUGUCUGUUCACUGGGUUCAUUCAAACCACUCAGAAUAGUUUUCUUUGAUCUCUUAAAAAUUUGUUGUCAUAUCUCCCCACUGAAUGUUCCCUUUUCUUUCCUUGUUGAGGAAAAUGGGCCAUUUGGUGUGGGGGGUUUCCCCCUUACUUCAUACAAGCACAAUCGUGUUUUUAUUUUCUCCCUCCCUAAGUCUGUUCGCAUUUCUGAUCACUUUCAUCCCAUAUCUGUUUCUUUGGUAAAUGGUUUCUUUUCAUGUUGGGGAUGGGAACAAAGACGACAAAGAGAAUGACUGUUCUGGAUGGAGCCACAAAUUGAUUUACAUUUUAAGCUACCCUUUAUAUUCCUUCUCGAUGAAUUUCUCAAACUUUUCGAAAAUAAUUUUGUCAAAACUUCCCUUUCCUUCUCAUUUGUAUGUCUUGGAAGGAAAACCGACUAACACGUUCCAUGUGACUGUUGGAACAUACCUUAAGCCCACAAGAGGGAUUGUGAGUGACUAAACUAUAAUACCAAUUUGCAUAUCUAAAGUCACAGCAAUUUUGCAUGGCUGUUUUCUUCUUUUUGGAUUUCUAUUAUGCUGUCCUUUUUAUGUGCAAAAUGCUUGUUAUUCAUAGCUGUGUGUUCCUCACACAGUGCGAGGAUUAGAAAACCAGCUCCUGACAACAGAAAAUCCAUUCACUUUCUUUCUCUCCCAACAACACAGAUCUCUGACCCUUUCCACCAACUUAAUGAUGGCCAACAACCAGAAAAAUUAUUAUGACAGGAAUUAUAUUUUGUUAAAAAAAAUGUGUAAGGAAACAGCAGAGCAAAAGCCAGUGGAAGUUACAACUUUUUUUUCUUAAAAGAAGAAUUAAGUUGAGAAGAGGAAUUUUACUUUCUUACGUCUUACUGAUGGAUUACAGUCCCUUCAGGAUUUGUGUGUAAUACAAAAGUGUGUAAUACUUUGUUUUAAGGAAAGACUUUACAUUUCUUCGGUGACCCCUUACUGUUGAUGAGAGACAUACUGUCAGCAUUAGAUCAUGGUUCAUUCUGCAUACAGGAAUUGAAAUGUCUUGCAGACAUUUUAAAAAGCACUGUUUUGGCUUUUUUCUCCCUCGCAGCACAGGAGAAAUAAAGCAUUGCCAGCCAAAACAGUUCUUUUUCCCAUCACCACCCUCACCCCGGUCAAGCUCUCACCUUCAUUUUUGUUGUGCCCGCCAUUUUGUACUGAUGCAGAGAUUUUCCCAUGGAAGUUUCCUUGGCUAACAGCUCAUCUGCUUGCUAUUUUCAUUUUCAAAAUAUGUUAAUAAAGUUCGUUUCCCCGGCUAUUCCAUACAUGUGUCAUUUUUUCUUUCGUUUUGAGGGAGGUGUCUUCAUAGUUAUGACAACAUAUGAGAAUCACAGUCACUCAGAGGGCUGGCAUACGUCCCAUUAAGAAGCAAUGGGUAGAUGCGGCCUGGUGUCAUCGUAGCUAUGAAGAUACCUCCCUCAAAACAAAAGAAAAAGAAAAAACAACACGUACACAGGAUCACCAGGGAAAAUUAACUUUAUUCAUGUAUUUUUAAAACAUAAAUAGCAAAGCGGAUGAGCUGCUAGCCAAGGAAAAACCUUCAGCAAAUGGAGGCAGGCAUGGAGAAUCUCUGCAGCAGCACAAAAUGGUAGGCAUCAGCUGUGGAGAAAAUGAAGUAUUAUUAGACUGACAGCCUUCAGGAUAUAGCCACGAAAGUGUUUCUGAAACUAGGGCAUGCUCUAGUGUUAGUUUCUCAGGUGUAUUAUAGAACUGGCUUGUUAUGAAGCAGGAUACUGGAUGGAUCUGUCUUAUUAAAAUCUGGUUGCGAUGCUUCUUUAUUAAAAAGAACCAUCAAAAAGUCUCUGUGUCAUCUCCAUUUUUGUCCUAUAAGCAGGAAGUAAUUUUCAGCGAAGGACCAGCUAUCUGGACUUAUGGUCUAAAGUUGUGAAAGAGGGGAUGCAAAAUUGAACUGAAAAAUUAUAGUUGCACUGGGGCGUAGCCACCAUUGAUAAGUAUUUGAAAAACUAAAUAUGCAGAAUAGAUAAUACAGUCUCAGGACUAUGGUAGCUACAGCACAGGAAAUGAUUUUUUAAAGUGAUUCUUAAACCUGUAUAAAACAGGUUUCACACACAAAUUGGAGCAUCUUAUUUCUGGUUUUGGUGGGUUUUCCGGGCUGUGUGGCCGUGGUCUGGUGGAUCUUGUUCCUAACAUUUCACCUGCAUCUGUGGCUGGCAUCUUCGGAGGUGUAUCACAGAGGGAAGUCUGCUCCACUGUGUCCCGUGGCCACACAGCCCGGAAAACCCACCAGCACCAGUUGAAUCCGGCCAUGAAAGCCUUUGUCAAUACAUCUUAUUUCUGUUCUGAGAAAGUGUCAGCACAGAUUUAAGGCACAAUGUAGCAAAUGGGGCUCAGUGCUACUUUUCAUUUUAUUUUUUUAAAGUAUGCUGUGGUGUGUAUUAAAGCUUAUGGUGAGAUCAUUUAUUUGGAGGGAAACCAGUCUGAGUAAUCUGUAAGGCUUCUCAUAAACUUAACCAGUAUUUUGUGCAUGGCCUUUUGUGCUUCUGGAUGUUGGAUUUAGCUAUUCUAAACCUGCAUUCAAUAAUAUAACCAAAGCAAUAAAAUGUACCAGGUAGGGAAUAUUGGCCAGUUUUAUUCAGAUCCUCACUGUGUGAGCUCAGGAUUCAUAUUGACCAAACUUUGGCUGGACCCAAGACUUGGUUUGCAAGGAUGAGAGAUGAGGAUGAAGCAGAGAUGCUGGUGUCUUCAUGAAGAUUGCUAACAAAAGAGUGACUCACUCAGUUGGCAUUCAGAUGCUUCCACACUGGCAUGUCUCUUUUUUUGCCUUUCUAUCUCCACCUUCAGAAAUAAGAAUGCAUUUGAAAUCCAUUAAUAUGAGUCCUGGGUAAACAUGGUGGAGAUUCACUUGUUUGUGUGUAUGCAUGUAUCUUUGUUUAGAUGUCAAAAUACACUCUGUAGAUCAGCCAGCAAAAAAAAAAAAGUUACAUAACUGGUGCUGUGUGGACCAUGUACUUUAUAGAACUGUUUUUUUUCCCUUGUAUUUUAAUAAAAAUUGAAGAAAAA